AUGGCGUUAUAUUCGGGCGUAGCAGCGGUACAUCAGAUUCUCAUCUUCGAUUCGGCCCCAGAACACAGAGGUACUUUCAACUUGCGCGGUAUUUCCGCUUCUCGGUACCAAUUACACUUUGCCAAUAUUCACGGUCUCGACGAUCAAGACCGUGAUACCGCUUGUAGGGUUGUUGGAGCCGCAUUGCUGGCCAUCCUCCACAUGGCUAUGUGGUCAAUGGUGUUCAAAAAGGCGGCGGCGAGGCCUAUCUUCGUGUUAUGGAUGCCCCUGAUGGCGUCUAGCCAUGUCUUCUGCGCGGAUCUUCCCGGUCUCGCUUACCAGGCGACCGAGCAGACUGACGUAUUUCGUACGACAUAUUCCGAUAUAGCGUCAAAUACCCAAAAGCAGCUUCGCGAGCAGAAAUAA